AUGAGAUAUUUGCCUCGUACAUCAUCGGAUCAUGCUCCUAUGGCCAUUUCGUUGGUGAAGAGUGUUGAAGUCUAUGGGCCGUCACCAUUCCGUUUUCAGCAAAUGUGGGUGGAUCAUGUUGAUUUUGCUAGAUGUGUUCGUGGGGCUUGGGAUCAAACUGAUGUCGGUGGUGUUGUCAUGAAACUGGUGGCAAAACUAAAAAGGGUGAGAGUAGCUUUGAAAGGAUGGAAUAAGGUAGUUUUUGGGUGGACGGGUGGGCACAUUCAGGAGUUGGAGGCUCGUAUAGAGAGGUUGGAAGAGCAGUUGCAAGUGAGGUAUGAAGAAGAAGUGGAGCUUAACCUGUUGGCUUCAAAGAUGGAAUUGGAUACCUGGAUUCAUUGUGAAGAAAUUCGGUUGGCUCAGUGUGCUAAAGUUAGAUGGUGGAAUCAUGGUGAUAAGAAUUCCCGGUAUUUUCAUGCCAUUCUCAAUAAAAGGAAGCAAGCAAGGAUCAUGGAGAUGAGUCUUACAAAUGGUACUACGUUAAAGACACCCCAAGAAAUUCAUGAUGGUGUCGUGAAAUAUUUCAUGGAUUUUUUGGUACAGUAUACUAGUGUAGUACUACCGGAUUUGGGGGAUUUAGUGUCUAAUGUGAUUUCGGAUGAGGAUAAUUUGAGACUUUGUUCAUUGCCUACAGAAGAAGAGGUGAAACAAGCAGUCUUCAGUAUUCCUAUAGAGUGUAGCCCAAGCCUGGAUGGAUUCGGUUCAGGUUUCUAUCGUGCUUGUUGGGAUAUUGUGCGUGCGGAGGUGGUGGAGACACUACAUGAGGCUAAAAUCCAGGAAGAGCUACAUAAGGAUAACUCUGAGGAUUCUGAUAUGGCAGAUACUGGUACUGAGGAGCACCCUGAUUAA